CAAUUCGAAAGCUGCAUUAGUCGCAGAUCAGUGAUUGUCAACACUGGCUAAUCCAUCAUCCAUCUCCCACCAUUCGCUUUCGGUAUUUUUCCUAUUCCUGUCCUGCGUAGCAACGCCGAAUAACGGAUCCUAAGAUCGAACGAACCUGUGCUAAACGUGAUUUCGUUCAUUUUCUCAUACAUUUCAACAUAUUUGACCUGAUCAAAAGUGCUCGUUUUAAUUUUUAACCAAAAAACCAAUAAAUAGUGAGUAUGGACCCUGUAAAAGAGGAGGCGAUCGAAUUGAAUGGCCAUGUAAUGCAAAUGGCCGAAGCUGAGCAAGAAAAUGGCGCUGGCGCCCUGAAAAUUGCCACCAAUGCGGGUGCAACCGAUCGUCCAGCGCGUCAGCAUCUUCCGCUGCCAGUCGAGGAUCAGCAGGAUGAGGUGCUAACCCCCGCUGAGAAGGGCAAGUUCGAGUACCCGCCCCCUCCGCCGCCCCCAACUCCAGUCCAGGCUCCGCCAGCCAACAAGGCCACCGCUCUGAAUGCCAGUCAGGAGCAUGACAACGACGAGCCCAACUCCGAGAAGUGGGAGGAUCCUUGCGCUCCGCCCCCACCGCCUCCGCUGCCGACUAGCGCAUUCCUGGCCACCGGACUAGGCUACCUCAAGCUCCCCGCCUUCAAGCUGAAGGAUGCACUGGAGAAGGCCAUCACCAAGUUGGAGGCCAACAAGCGGACGCAGAAGACCAGCCCCGAGUCUUCUCGUUCCAUCAAAAACAAGAAGGAGGUGGCCCUGGAGAUGUUACCCAGGCGCUCGAACCCGGAAACGAUCGGCGAUAGAUCCAUGUUGGCAUCCACAUCCACGGCUGUUAUGCUGCAUCCGAAGACCAAAAAGCCCAUGGUAAUUGUGGAGAUGGAGAGGCGUUGUAAGAUCAUCAAUUUACUGGCCAAACAGAAUCAAAUCCUCGAAUCCAUUUCGGGGGAAGCCAUUCCGAUGCAUGGACCCUCGAAGCAUCUGCACGAGGACGAGGGUCUCGCCCUGCAAGUUCUCUCUGCCCGAGCAUCCACACCGUACACACAACCCUCCAGCAUGUUGUCCUGCACGGCCGUUAGCUGUGACCUGGAGCACGAUUCGCCGCGGAAGCAACUGGCCAGCAAGGAGGCCGUGCCGGAGCAGCAGUCUAGUCAGGCACAGCAGAAGCGUCCACCCAGCACUGGCAUCCACAAGCCAGGAAGUCUGCGAGCACCCAAGGCUGUCCGUCCUACUACAGCUCCGGUGGUCAGCAGCAAGCCGGUCAAGAGCUAUACCCGCUCCCGCCUGAUGGACAUUCGCAACGGGAUGUUCAAUGCCCUGAUGCACAGGUCCAAGGAGAGCUUUGUGAUGCCUCGCAUUGCCACCUGCGACGACAUUGAGUUGGAGGGAAGGCUCCGCCGCAUGAAUAUUUGGCGCACCUCGGACGGCACAAGAUUCCGGACCCGGAUCACCAACUCAAACAUAAACAACAACAACAAUGAGUGCAUGCCUGCCUUCUUUAAGAACAAAAAUAAGCCGCACCUAAUCAGCGAUGAAUCCAUCAUCCAGAGCCAACCGCCACAGCCCCAAACGGAGUUCCAGGAUCCGGCCAUUGUUAACCAAAGACGCAUUGGCAGCGGUCGUUUAAACCAUUCCAAGUGGGGUUACAACGACGAAGACUACCACUCGUACCACAAUGGCAAGACGCAGCAUAUGGAGGAAGUCAAUUCGAAGAACCAGAACAGCAAGAACAUGACGGUGCUGCAGUUCUUCGACACCGGCGAGAUCAGCAGUCAGCCUCAAAGACGACCGAACACUCCUGUGAUGGGAAUGUCUAUCAAUCGAUCCGAGAACGACACCCUGCACUCGAACGAGUCCAGUGAAGAUUUGAGUCGCGCCAACGAGAACUAUGUAAAGCGCGUAAUGUCUGGAUUCCUGGUUGUAUCAAAGCCCAAGUCACGAGAUGUCGAGGAUAGGCAUCACCGGCGGUACAGGAACCAGAACGAGGAGCCGGAGUGGUUUAGCUGUGGACCCACGUCUAGACUGGACACUAUAGAGUUGUGCGGCUUCGAUGAGGAUGAGGAGAAAAUGCUAAAGGAGGGCAACAAAAACCACGGAUUAGCUGAAACAGAGCGGGAAGCGUCAAAACAAAAGAUGGACCAUAAGUACAAAUGGACGCAUGCGGAGCCGAUGGGUCGAACCAAAUACAUGCCCAAACACGACACAAACAACAAUCAUAACGUGGAGAAUAUGAACAAUGUUAUGGCUAGCGAGCAUCAGCAAAAGGAGGAGAAACGUUCAGGCAGUGGUCGGUCGUUUCAGUUUGAUAAGUUUAAUCAAAGCCAACACAAUUACGAGAGUAGCAGUUAUGUGAAUCACCAGCAGCCGCCACAAACGCAGCCUCAGCCAAUGCAGCAGCAAUCAAACACAAAUACGAACAACUCUAAAUUUAUGUCAUUCUUUGCAAAUGAGGGGAACUCCUCGUCGUCUUCGCUGAACGAGUUUUUCAAGCAGGCCAUUAACCAGGGUCAUGGCAACAAUCCGGAGCAGCCCAAGUCGUUGGGCCACAUCGGACAGAUGCCUUCGGUGGAUCAGCUGGAGGCCAAAUGGCGUCGAAACUCACUAAACAAUGUUGGGGAGACUGCCAACAAUCAGACUGAUAACUUCCAGAAGCUAAUUGGCUCUCUUUCUGCGGCUAAGCCACAGUCACCGGCGGUAGGCUAUGAUGCCAUCUCCAACUUCAUAAUGCAGCAACAGCAGUACCAGCAGCAGCAACAGAAGCAGCACCUCAUCAUACAGCAGCAGCAGCAACAGACCGCCUUUUUGGCGAGCCUGCAGCUGAAGGCGAUCCUUGGUCGGCCGGACACCCAGUUGCUACUGCUUCGUCUGACUAAAGGGGAAAUAUCCAAGCACGGAUUACUGGUGCAGUUGGCCAACCCACGCUUGACGGACAUGGAUCGCGAGGCCAUCACUGCUGUAUUGCAGUUCACCAACACCCAGCAGCAGCAACAACAGCACAAGCAGCAGCUGAACAUGCUCUCGAGCACGGUCAUCGCCAGCCAGUUGCAGAAUCUUCACAACUUGGCCAUUGUUCAGCAAACUCUUGCAGCCAGGCAGCCGCAGCAUAAUCCACAGACGCAGGUGCCGCAUCAACUGUCGCAGGAGGAUUUGCAAGCGCAUGCCAAUGUGAUAAUGCGAAACGCCGUAAUGAAGCGAAAAAUGGAGGAGCAGACGUCGAAGCUCAUCAAUGGCGGUGCCAAGCAUCAGGCACAGCAGCAAUAUCUAAACCGUGGCCAGCAACGCCAGGCUCGACCAGAUGCCAGCUCGAAUGCCUUGCUCCAUGCCUUGAUCUCUGGAGGUGGCAACAACCACGCCUCUGGUUACCCUAUGAAUGGACAGCCGCAGCAGCAUCAUUCCAAUUCGAGAUUCGGUGAUAACCAAAACUUCCAAUCUUUUGAGUCCAACCAGCCGCACUUCGCUACGCAAUACAAGCAGCAAUACCAACAGUCUCAGCAGCAACAACCCCAUCAGCAGCCACAACAGCAGAGCAACGCUGGAGGCGGCAAUAACUUCAACAAGGCCCAAAUGCAAGCCCAAUCAGCUAUUGCCAUGCUGCCCAACAGCGGCGAUGAGUUUCAUUAACGGCCUCAAAAGAUUCGCCACAACGACCGUUGGUCUGAUGGCCAUCGGUAUCGGAUCGACCGUUCUAUUCUACA